CCUACAGAAGCCAAUAAAAGGGUAUCUUUGUUUUAUUGUUGACCAAACCCAAAUUUGCAUCUGUAUAUAUAAGAUCUUACAACCAAUAGAUGCCAGCAGAGCUGGUACUGUCAGAAGCUGUUAUCCAUUCCAAUUCUGAUUCAACUCAUCAUCAUUCCAAAGACAAAAUGACAAGCUAUCGUUCCUCUAAAUCUGGAGUUAAAAACUUCAGUUCUUGUUCUUAUACACCAAAGAAUGUGGGGGGAUUCAGUGCCACCUCUUUCCGGAGAGGUCCAAGCUUUGCUAGCAGAAGCCUUUACAAUGUAGGCUCAGGUGGAAGCAGAAUCUCGGUUGGAAGUGCUCAUCCUAUGAGGAGCUCAUACAUGUAUGGUGGAAGUGGAUCUGGUGGUGGUGUUAGUUCAAGCGUCAGCUAUCGGCUUGGUGGAGGAUAUGGUGCUGGCUCUGGAUUUGGUGGUGGGUAUGGUGUUGGUGGAGGAUUUGGUGGUUUCGGUCUUGGGCUUGGGGGUGGAUAUGGUGGUGGUCAAGCUGGAAUCACACCUGUUACCAUUAACCAGAGUCUCCUUACACCACUAAAUUUGGAGAUUGAUCCAAACAUACAAAGAGUAAGAAAAGAAGAAAAGGACCAGAUUAAAAACCUCAACAACAGAUUUGCCACCUUCAUUGACAAGGUCCGUUUCCUGGAGCAACAAAAUAAAAUGCUGGACACUAAAUGGACACUUUUACAAGAGCAAAAAACAGUGAAAAGCUAUCUGGAACCGCAUUUUGAGAGUUACAUCAACAAUCUAAGAAGGCAACUUGAAGGCCUUGGUGGGGAUAGAAUUAGAUUGGAAUCUGAGCUUAAGCACAUGCAAGAUGUGGUAGAGGAUUUUAAAACAAAAUAUGAAGAUGAAAUCAAUAAGCGCACCGCUGCUGAGAAUGAAUUUGUCGUCCUUAAGAAAGAUGUGGAUGGAGCUUUCUUGAAUAAAACAGAACUGGAGACAAAGGUGUCAGCACUGAUAGAUGAAAUCAACUUCCUACGUACAAUCUUCCAGAUGGAAAUAGAUCAGCUUCAAGCCCAGAUCUCCGACACCUCGGUUGUUGUAUCGAUGGAUAACAGCAGAGACCUGGAUAUGGACAGUAUCAUUGCAGAAGUCAGAGCUCAAUAUGAGGACAUUGCUAAUAAGAGCAGAGCAGAGGCUGAGACAUGGUAUCAAUCUAAGUAUGAAGAACUGCGCAUCAGCGCUAGUAAGCAUGGUGAUGACUUAAGGAACACCAAAAAUGAAAUUGCUGAGCUAAACAGACUGGUAAACAGACUUAAGGGAGAAAUUGAUGGCAUAAAAGCACAGCGAGCCAGGUUGGAAGCUGCUAUAACUGAAGCUGAGGAGCGUGGUGAAGCUGCUGUCCGAGAUGCUAAAAAUAAACUUGCUGAGUUGGAGGAUGCUCUUCAGAAAGCCAAGCAAGAAAUGGCUCGCCAACUGCGCGAAUACCAGGAGCUGAUGAACGUCAAGCUGGCUCUGGAUAUUGAAAUCGCCACCUACAGGAAACUGCUGGAAGGAGAAGAGAGCAGAUUGUCUGGAGAUGGAGGUGCUGUCAGCAUCUCGGUGGUGAGCUCCAGCACUGGAGGAGUCCUGACAUCAGGUGGAGGAGGUUAUGAAGGUGGAAGCGGACUCUACAACUCAGGAUCUGGAUUCAGCUCUUCCAGUGGAAGAAAUGUCACUUCCAACAGAUAUAGCAGUGGAAGUGGCAUGGCCUCCAGCUCUGGAUAUAGCACAGGGGGAUUACAAACUGGGUCUGCUGAUCAUGCUACAAGUGGUCUGCUCAGUCCUGGUGGGUACUCCUCUGGUGGAAGCACCUCAAGUGUUAGCAUUGUCAGAAAAACAACAACAUCAUCCACAAGAAAGGUCUAAAGCUUGUAAGGUUUAAUGUGCAACUUUCUCAUUUUGUGCUUCCCUUGACGUCUUUACACUUAUUCAUCCAUCCCUUUGAAGUUAGGUGAUACUUACCUGUACUUUUUGACUGCCAUAAACAAUACCCAAUGCACUAAAUAAUGUGGUUCUAUAAGUCAUGAUUUUUAGAUCAUAAAGAUAAGAACAACUUUCUUAGACAUAAUACAGUGUUUCAGUAUAAAGUGUUUAUAAAUGUGUUGACUUACAUCUACCACAUUUCACUUGCAUUUCUUAGCACCAUUCUUUUCAGCAUGAUCCGCACACUGUCUAUGCAAAGCUAUAGUCAGUCAUUCAUCCUUUUGUGAACAGUUGUUAGAAUUCCUCUAAAUUGUAUGUGUGCAAAUUGAUGGAGAUAUGUUUAAA